GUUUUGUUUGCUAGUAGGACAAAGAUUCCCGCGAUAUGCCGAAACAAAAAACGAAAGUGGGAUUCUAAGGAAAGAUUAAUUUUAGGCUUUGUCAGUGCAUGAUUCAGCAAGAAAGUUGUAAAGUAUUUUUUAGGUACAUGAGAUAGAAAAAAUCAUGCAGUGUGUUUGUGGAUUCACACUGACAGGUACUGGGGCAAAUUUUUGCCCACAGUGUGGAAAAAAGGUAACAUGCCAAGGGACUGCAAACAAACAGACUGCUCCAUGUCCUAAUACAAUUCAGGAUGGUGAGAGAACAUCAGGCAUUUGUGGAAAACCAGUGGAAAACUCACAGAAGUUCUGCAUUGAAUGUGGCUGGAAAGUCGACCCUAGAGCUUUCCUGCCGAGAGCUGUUAUGUGCCAGGGAAAGAAACCAAAUGGAGCACCAUGUGAUAACAUUGUAACUCCAAAUGUCAAGUUUUGCUCAGAAUGUGGGAGACCCCCAGGCUUUGGAGCCUCUGCUUCUGCAAUCCCUCCAGUUGUAAAGAAGGAGGUAAUGGCUGCUGAAGGAGAGACUUUGACCCAAGGACAUGAAAGACAACUGACCCUGGGGCAUGAAGGACAACAGUCAAGUAACGAUCAAACAGAGCCAACAGCCCAGGAUAUGGACUUUGAAUUUGUGAAUUUUACUCAAAGUAAGGAAGGGUUAAGAAGAACAGAUAGCUAUGAAAAAGCUACCAAUUUGGAAAACAGUUCAGAUUUCUGCAAUGGUUUUCCAAAAUUUACCGAUGACUCAAAGUCUUCUUCUCAGAGUUCUGUUAAACAGGAAGCGGGGUCUUCUUCACGGGAUAAAAUUUUGACGUCAGAAGAAGGGGUAGGCGAGAGUCCAGGUAUGCUAGAUUCCAUGGAGAUUGUGGAAAACCCUCCCAGUGGAUUGGAGAUGAAUCCUCCUGCUGAAAAUUUCCAGGAAGGUCAAGAGGAGAGAGUCAGAGGUGGGCAGGAAGAUUCUGAAAUUGAAAAAGUGGAAAAACCGAAUGAAAAAGGAGAUGGGAAAAGGGGCCAAGCAGAGGGAAAUUUAGAAGGCAAGAGGGAUGGAAGACAGGAAGGUCUAAUCAUGGAAACCCAGCAAGAAAAUGAACAAGAGGUGAAAGAUAGUGGUUCAGUUUCUAGAGAGAACUCUGUUUAUGAGCCUAGCUGGAAAAAGAAGGAGGGAAAUAAAGAAACUGAUGAUCAAAGUGUGAUUGAACGUUUUCAGUUGUUGGAUGUGAGAAAACGAAAAUCGCCAGAGAGAGAGUUCCCAGAUGAAAGCAAGAAGUUGCACUUAUCAGUGGGGGAUGUCAGUGAGGAUAAAAAUGGGAAUAAAGCUGAUGAUUCACAAUUCCCAGAGGAAGAAGAGAAAGUCGAGGAGGAGGCUGAUGAAAAUGGAGAAGAAGAUGAUGAAGAAGAUGAUGAUGAAAGUGAGGGAGAAAGAAAUGCAGAGAAUGCAGAAAAGAGUGAGAGCAAAAAGAAGAAACACCAAGGAAAAAAGAAAAAAAAGAAAAAAUUAGAGUACCAAAAGAAGAAAGGGCAACUGCCCUCAAAACCAGCUGACAACAAAACAAAUGCAACUGAUAUGGCUUCUUCUCAAGGAAUAGAAAACCAACCAAAAGUAUCAGCUAGUGUACAAAAGGCUCAAGAUAAAAAAGAUAAAACAGAAGAAAACAGGAAACUGAAGACACAAACUUCUAAGGAAGAAAAGAAGGGUUCAGAGGAAGCUAAAGAGAAUAAUGGACAAAUCAGACAAGAAAAUACUUCAACAACAUCAACUUCAACGACAUCAACAGGGGGUCAACGAUCAUCAACUGACAAUCAACCUUCAUCAUCUAGAGGAGAGUGGUCAAUAUCCUAUGGAGGUCAGUGGUCAUCACCUGCAGGUCAAGCCUCAACAACUAGAGGGGGCAGCACACAGGAGAGUGCAACUGGAAGUAAAUGGCAAGGACGAACAGAAAUUCCUGUUGAGCAUGUGGAUAAAAAUGGUGCAAAGAAAGGAAAUCAACAAACUCAGGUGAAUACAGAGGGAUCAAGUGUUGAUGCAGGGAAAAAUCAAAUGCACACAUCAACAACACCAGAAAGAAGUGUUAUCAUGACAAGGGGAAGAAGUGAAAUGAUAGAAAUUAAUUUUUAUGCCAUUGCAUCCCCGAAAUUUCUGAUAAACCGAAGCAACAGUCGAGUCUGCAUGAGAUUCAGUGCUGCAGAAUUGAGAGGAUGGUAUUGUUUCUAUCCAACAGAACUUGUGCGAUAUGCUGAUCAGCACACUGUUGUAACUAGAAAAAUGGUAAUUUCAAAACAGUUGCUUCGGGGGGCAGGAUUGAGGUACUCUUAUUGUGUGAUUGUCAAUGGUGACCUGACUCGUCCAGUGGAUGAAUAUUUCUAUGAUGCUUUCAAAUGGGAAGAGGGACUUACAAGGGAGCUGUCCAGCAGAGAUGACUUGUCAGAUGUCUGGAAUCAAUAUGACGGUGUCUUGAACCCAAUCCCAGACAGAGGACUACUCCAGAAAUUCAAAGCUUUUGUUGGAUUUGAUGAUUAUGAGAAGAAAUUGGAGAGUGACCUCUGGUUAACAGUCAAGAUAUUCUUUCCAAAAUGGAAGCAUUUUGUGUCAGAUGGAGAAGAUUUUUCGCCAGAGGAUGUGAUGAGUUCACUAAAAAUGUUGUACCGGGGAUUAAAGAAAACUUAUCACAAAACUAUGAAGAAAAUCUGGAGAUAUGAAUAUGAUUUCAUUCAAUCUAUAGGAAAAGCUAUUUUUGAUAUUUUGCAACCAAAGUUUGCUGACUUAUCACAAAACAAAGACAUCAUUGCAGCAGUUGCAAUCAUAUGGCUGGUAGAGGAUUUUAAUAUUUCAUUAAAUCAAAGCAAGAAGAACGUAUUAUUCAAGUCUUUAAUCCUGGAUGGUGACAAUGCUACAAGAUCUUGCAAGGCAUAUGAACACCUGCAGGAAUCCUACAAGGGCAUGGAGACAAAGGUACUGCAGGCUUUGAGGAAACUAAUACGCUCUGAAAAAUCAUCAGAAGAUCCAACCUGGCUUUGCAGUCUGCCUCUUUUUCACUUCCUGAGGAAGCAGUGCCAUCCUUACAGUGACAUAAGUCUUGCCGAUAACCACAAUGCAAGGAAACCUGUUUGGUGGGGGAAAGAAGAAAUUGAGGAAGAGAUGGAUUACUUGAAGGGAAAAACCAAGUGGAGCAUGGAACCAGCCUCUGUGUUAAAGCUGUUGGAGCCAAUGUUUGAGAUGGACUUCUAUCUGCCAAGGUCUAUCAUGGCCGUUCUCAAACUACAAAAAUUGGAUGUAGUCACCACCAAAGCAUUCCCUCCUGAAGUCACGCUAGCAGGACUGUACUUCUAUUUCAGAACUGAAUACUUUGAUAGUGAAUCCAGCCAAAAGAUUGUGCGUAAUUGUUUGGAAACAGUUUUAUCACAGCUGAUUGAACACAGUCAAAAGAAAGAAAAUGAUAUAUCCAAAAACAUACUGACCAGCUGCUAUUUGUCCUUCAAGAUUGGAUGUGAUCUGCUACAACAGGCUCAUACAAAGUUUAAGAGGGAAAACUGGCUCAUGGUCAGAGUAAUUGAGGCAUAUAUUUUGUCCCUGGCCAUGUUUGAUUAUUUGAUAGAAAAGAACUGUGAGGUAGCGAAGAACUUUCCAAAGAAAAAUGCACACAUGCUUUCUCUGUCUGAAAACAGGAAGUGGAUUACAUACUGGUUGGAUAGUUUUAAUUUUUAUCCAACAGUUGAGGAUGACUUGAAGGUUUGGGACCGUGUGCUGUCCGUGAAAAUUCCAGCCUGCUCAAUUAAGGAUGCAUUCAUCAAUGAAUUGAAAGAUAAGUUGCAGGGACAACUUGAUAGAAAGACUGAAAUGACAAAAGAACGUCUUGUAGAACUGUACUGUAGUGGAGCAGAACAGUUUAGUCCAGUUGUUCAAGAAAUAUUGGGAAACUAUGCUUUUCAGGCUUUGGAAAAGGGAUGUAUUUGUGAAGAUAAGAUAAUGUUAGGUCCUGGAGCUGCAAAGUAUGGAAACAUGUUGUCAAAGCUUUUUGAAAGAUCAUGGGAAAAAUACAAAUUGACAGAUUCAAAACCAAGACCAAUUUUGAAAUUCACAGUGUCCUGGAAACCUUUUGUCCAUUUCUUGGGAAUGUUUUAUCAAAAAGAGAAAUCUGGGGUGUUGUCGGACGAGUGCCAGCUACACUUCACCCAAGCAGCCACGUUGCUGAAAGAAACAUUGAACAAGUUGCUGGUAGGAACAAUUCUGAUUGGUGAUAUUGAGAUUAUUAAUGAUUCAGUGGACACUUUUGUACAUGCAAACUGCAUCAUCUGGAAGUGUGAGAAAAAUGAGGAUUUAAACCAAGCACUGAUAAGGGACACGCUGAUCCUAAGGUGUAAAGAGACAAGGAAGUUUGAAGUUGUGAAGGCAAAUGUUGGGAUACUGAUCCAGAUGUGUCAACAUUUUAAUGUUGAUCUUACAGACAUUGAUAGACAGAUGGAAGGAUAUGCCAACUUAGAUGACAGAAAACUGUGUGAAAUCUGUAAACCAGGAUUCAUUGAUCAUAUUUCUGACAUUGAAGUGUAUGAUCCAGAGGUCAUUGCAUUUAAUAUGUCUCCAGAUAUGCAAACUGUGUUGUCUAAUCUUGAAAGGUUAUCCCAUGGUUCUCUCUUCUUGAAUAUGUGGAUUAAGCAAGGACAACGGGAGGAGACCAAAAAGGGGAGUCCUCUGACAGUUGAUGAAGUCAUGGAGAAUGUUUGGCAGGUUGUGUACCCAGCUUGGCUUAAGCUCAGCAAGCGUAUUGCUACUGGGGACAUUACUUUCAGAGAAUUUCAAGACCAUUUUAGAAAUGUGUCCAUUGAUAAUUUAGAACAGCAGCUAUCGCAUUUAGCUGAAGGCAGAAAAGGUUGGAUAAAGGAACGACUACAACAAGUUAGGCAACACAGAGAACUUGAGCAGUGUGUCACAGGAGCCAAUGUUAUUCUGACAGUUGUCAGAGAGUAUGAUUUGAAGGGUAACUUUGAGCCCAUCAAGAUGAUUGUGAAAAUGGUGCAAGGGACAGACUCUGGUGCUAAAAUGAGUGAAUUUAACAAUACCUUAAUAGAUGCAUGUAACGUGCUAAAGGGAAUAGGAGAAGAGGAAGCAAAGUGUCUUGAGCAAUUCAUCAACUGUAAACAGCUUAUUGAAUGGUUAAGAACAUCAAUGGAAAGUUUGAAGGAGUUGAAGGUGUUUGUUGACCUUGCCAGUAUCUCCGCUGGUGAAGGUGACAUGGAGGUCGCCAAGGUCAAAUUUCUGCAUGCUGCCACGACUGGAUAUGCUCCACUGAUUUUCAACUUAGAUGACGAUUGUGAUUACUCCAAGUUUUUAGAGAAAUGCCAAGUGGUCUGGAAAGAGCUCAAGGCUGAUCCACAUCUACCAACAAAACUGAGAGACACAAAUAGACAGUUGGAAUGGCUGAACAGUGUGAAGUCUGCCCAGGGUUCAGUAGAGGUGACGUCCAUGAGACAAGCCGAGGCCAUCAACUCUGUAGGGAUAUACAUGGUGGGAAAGAUUGACCCAAAUCUACAGAAAGAAAAACCUACCAUAAGUGAUGUCCUGCAACUGCAUGUCCAGAAAGAUGAACAAGGGUCUCGACUUCCAAGACGAUACCAGUUUAAAGAGCUACAAGAGCUUCAGAGUAAACUCAUGCUGGUGGCUGGAAAGGCAGAGCUUGGCAGUGAUGAUGUGGAACGAUUCACCAUUGUUUUUGAUGCAAUAGUAAGACUUUGCAAUGUGUACAUCAAGCUUGUGUCGUCUGGCUGUGUGCUAUUCACAAACUGGCAGGCCAGAUUUCUUUGUGAUCCUGAAAGAAAUGUAUGUGCAUUUGUCAAGUUUGGAAGUGGGGAAGGAUGCACUCAGUUAAAAGGAAGACGAAGCGAGGAAGAGGAUGUAAGCACCAUAAUACCCAGACUUGCUAAAUUUAUGGAAUUUUGCUUGGAAGAGUGGCUGAAAUAUAUUGACCAGAAGAGGGAUAGUUAUCCCCAUCUCAAUUUCUUCACUAUUGACCAAAUGGUGAUUUUGCAAAGGGAGUUGGUGUUAAUGGGAGGUGAGGUAGAACCAAAUGAUUUUAUUUACCCACUUCUAUCUAUUGUCAAACAUGACUGUACAAAAAUGGAUUUGAUUGGUGCUCUGAAAAAGGCCAAAGGUGAUGUGUCCCAAAAAGAGGCUGAACAGGUAGUUGAAAUGACAGAAGAUGAGGAGGAAGACAAAGUUGAUUCAGAUGAUGAAAGCCAAACAAAGGCUAUUGCUAAAUUCAUUUCAGCCAUUAUGGAUUCUGGUUACUCUGAGAAGCUAGCCAGAGAAGCUAUGAAGCGAGGCAUUGAUCCGGAUGAAAUUGAAGAAGGUAUAGUGUGGUGUAUGGAACAUGAGGAUGAGGCAGAUAUGGAGGUAGAAGUGAGUGAGGAGCAGGUAGAGGUGGUAGUUGAGGACUAUGAGGGCUGGACAAAAUCUGACACAUCCAUCUCCACUAUGACCCAGAACAUCCUGUCUGAUCUCCAGUACAACAAAGACACCACAGCGGACACCCUGAUUCCAGACCUAGAACAGUUGUGGGAGGAGUUCCUGUCCUCCAUUUCCUCCAGUGUGUCAGAUUAUCUCAGUGUGGAACAUCUGGGGAUCAUCCUCAGGAGACUCGCAGAAACUGAAACAUUUAGUGUUCAACGCCCUUUCCUACCUUGCUUUGAGAAAGGUGUUCCAAAUCUGUUACUCUGUCCCCAAGAUGAGAUUUUGAACACAGUGCUGACAAUCUACAGCCAUGAUCCAGAUCAGCCUCUUCCUCAGUCAGAUGAGAUUCUCAUGUGUACUCCACACACCACUCUGGAUGAGGUGGAGAUAUUUUGGAGAAGAGCUGUACUGGACACAACAGACAGAAUCCAUUGUUUGGUCAAUGGGGACCUGCUGGAUUAUGAAGUCAGUGAUAAAGGGGAGAGAAGGCUGGAACAUCACAUGCAGAAAGCUGUGGAACUUGAGAUUCCGUACAAACUGGUGGUGGUGUGUAGCACAGAGAGGGAGUACCACUCCAGAAUUGUGGCUGCCCUGGACAAGUACAGACGCCCCCCUCUCCCUCUGAUGACACAUGACAACAUGACUAAAUAUAUCAAGGAUAAACUGACCUUUGACAUCAAAAGACCUAGUGCCACACCUGCUGCUGAAGCUGACUUUGAACAUUGCACAGUCAGAGUGGUGAAAUCAUGGAGAGCAGGAGUUGGCAAGAGUUUACACAAGAAAAGAUUGGCAGAAAAACUCCAAGGUCUACACAGUGGUGUCAUCAGAAGCAAGAAGGCCGUGGUAUCAAUUCCUUUACAUGAGAGGGAAAUCUCCGUUGAUGACAUCAUGGGUGAACUCCUGAAGAACAUGUUGCAUCCUGGGAAAAUAGAACCACGACUGUUUCACAUUGAUCUUUCUCAUGAGGUCCAGGAGGGGGUGGACUACCUACUGUUCCAGCUACUGAUCCUGGGCUGUCUGACCAACAGUACUGGACACGUGUGGAGGAAGCUGCCGUACGACCUCUACAUUGUGGAGACCAUGCCUCUACUGGCCAGGGACUUCCAGGAACAGAGAGGCUUUAUAAAAUGCAUGCAUAGAUGCCUGGAUAUUCUGCCUGAAGUGACCUGUCGAUCACCACAAGAAAGUCUCAAAGGAAAUGCCCCAGAUAUUGGACAGAAUGACCUUCUAUUUGAUGGGAAGGAGUUCAAAAGCAACGUUUUCCAGAGACCAUUCCAGUAUUUGUACAGACUGGACAUGAAUCGAGGUCUGGGGGACAUAGAUAUGAGGAGGACAGAGGGAAACCCCCAAACCUGUCUCCAGACACUGCUCAAACACUGUGGUAUCAGAGAUCCCUCCUGGGCUGAACUGAGACAUUUUGUCUGGUUCCUGAACACACAGCUGGUGGACUUUGAGAACUCGGCCUUUGUGAGUCUGGCAGCUGCUGAGGAUUUACCUGGAUUUUCACAAUUUGUCUUAAGAUUCCUGAUCCAAAUGUCCAGGGACUUUGCUACACGGUCCCUGAACAUGAGUGAGGAGUCUCCCAUACAGAUGUUACAGAGGAUGGAGUCUGAGGAAGAGGAGGAGAAUGAGGAGGUAGUGCUCCGUCAGUUUCAGCUCAGGAGGACCUGGGAAAGCAGUCCCCAUCCUUACUUGUUCUUUAACCCUGAUCACCAUUCGAUGACAUUCCUGGGAUUUAACAUAGAGAGACAGUCUGGUAACUUGAUAGAUGUACAAACAGGGACCGUGCUAGAGCAAGGAAUCAUGAAAAGAAAUCUACAGGACGCCCUCAUCAGAAACAGGGUCCCUAUCAAUGAAAACUUUGACAGUCUACCAAGAGAUCAGAAGUUAUUUAAACUGUGCAGUGUGAUGGGUGUAGAAGAUGUAUUUGACCCUGACCCGACCUAUGAACUUACAACAGACAAUGUCAAGAAGAUACUGGCCAUCUACAUGCGCUUCAGAUGUGACAUCCCUGUGAUUAUCAUGGGAGAGACUGGCUGUGGAAAAACUCGUCUGAUCAAAUUCAUGUGUCAACUUCAGUGUCCUAUUGGAGUGGAGGUCCAGAAUAUGAUCCUUAUGAAGGUUCAUGGAGGCACCCGCAGAAGUGACAUCAUCAGGAAAGUACUGGAGGCUGAGAGAAUUGCUCAGGAGAACACAGCUAAUUAUGGACAGAGACUGUAUACUGUGUUGUUCUUUGAUGAAGCUAACACUACAGAGGCUAUAGGUCUAAUUAAGGAGAUCAUGUGUGACCGAUCAAUGGAGGGGGAACCACUCAAACUCUGUCAGACCCUGAAAAUCGUGGCUGCUUGUAACCCCUACAGAAAACAUUCUGAGGAUCUGAUCAAGAGACUAGAACAAGCUGGACUGGGUUACCAUGUGGAUGCUGAUAAAACCACAGACAGAAUGGGUCGAGUUCCCAUGAGGAGACUUGUAUACAGAGUCCAGCCCCUCCCCCAGAGUAUGCUGCCCCUGGUCUGGGACUUUGGACAACUGGACACCAAUGUGGAGGAAAUGUACAUCAAACAGAUGGUCCUCAGAUAUAUUCGAGGUGGAAAACUUCCAAAUGAACCAAAUUUAGACACAACAGUCAGUCAUAUUCUUACAUCAGCUCAGGAAUUCAUGAGGAGACAACAAGAUGAGUGUAGUUUCGUCAGCCUGAGAGAUGUGGAGAGAGUCCUGGAGGUGAUGAGCUGGUUCUACAGACAGAGUCAGGGGGAGACAAAUCUGUUUGAUCUGAUGGAGGAGGAGGAGGAAGAUUCAGAAGAAGAGGAGGAAGAAGAAAUGGAGGACCAGGAGCUGGCUGUUCCUCAACCUCAGACUGUCAGUGAUUUGACAAAGUCACUUGUGCUGGCUCUUGGAGUUUGCUACCAUGCUUGUUUGAAAAACAGAGAUGUGUUCCGAAGAGAAAUGGUGAAUGAAUUUAGACCUCCGUGUAUCCUUCCGAAAGGUGGUGGGCAAAGAGGGGCUGAACAAAUGUUGGACAUUAUUACCAGAUGCCAGAACAUUUUCUUGGAGAUUGAUAAUUUGGGAGCCAACAUUGCUAAGAACCAGGCUCUGAGAGAGAAUGUGUUUAUGAUGGUGGUGUGUAUAGAGCUCAGAAUCCCUCUCUUCUUGGUGGGGAAACCUGGCAGUUCUAAGUCUCUGGCUAAAACCAUUGUAGCCGAUGCCAUGCAGGGGAAUGCUGCCCAUACAGAGAUUUACAGGAACUACAAACAGGUCCAGAUGGUGUCCUUCCAAUGCAGUCCUUUGUCUGUACCAGAGGGAAUUGUGGGUACUUUCCGUCAGUGUGCCAUGUACCAGAAAGACAAAGAUCUCAACAGAUUUGUGUCUGUUGUCGUACUGGACGAAGUGGGACUGGCAGAGGAUUCUCCCAGAAUGCCUCUCAAGACAUUGCAUCCAUUGCUGGAAGAUGGUUGUCAGGGUGAUGAGCAACCAGAGGAACAUAAAAAAGUAGCCUUCAUAGGGAUUUCUAACUGGGCUCUGGAUCCUGCCAAAAUGAAUCGAGGAAUCCUUGUACAGAGAGAGGUUCCCGACCUGGAAGAGCUCAUAGAGAGUGCAGAAGGAAUAUGCUCCAGUAACAAAAGAAUAAGUAAGAUGAUAAAGCCACUGAUCAAACCCCUGGCAGAGUCCUACCUACAAGUGUUUAAAUCUGUCAUCACAAAGAGGGAGUUCUUUGGAUUAAGGGAUUUCUACAGCUUGAUAAAGAUGGUGUACAGUUUUGCUGAGAAGAACAACAAGAAGCCGACCUGGUUGAUGUUACAGCACUGCAUCAAGAGAAACUUUGGGGGAUUUGAACACUCAACAAACCAAGAUCCCCUUGAUGUUUUCUCUCAGCAUCUUAAAACUGUGGCAAAAAUUAAUGCUCCUUCCCCGGGAGAUCCUGACUGUACACCUGCUGGUCUCAUUGAAGCCUGUCUCCAAGGUGACGGAGUGGACAGUGAUACACGGUACCUGCUACUGCUGACAGAAAACUACGGAGCUUUGACAGUUUUACAACAGAAGAUUCUGACCAUGAAGAAUGCCAUUACAAUAUUUGGCAGCAGUUUUCCCAGUGAUCAAGAGUACACACAGGUUUGCAGAAAUAUCAACCGUAUAAAGGUCUGCAUGGAGACGGGAAACACAGUGGUUCUUCUUAACUUGGAGAAUCUGUAUGAAAGUCUGUAUGAUGCCCUUAAUCAGUAUUAUGUGUACUUUGGAGGAGAAAGAUAUGUAGAUCUUGGAUUGGGAACUCAUCGUGUCAAAUGUAGAGUGCACAAGAAUUUCAGGUUGAUAGUGGUAGCAGAGAAGGAGGUUGUAUACAGACAGUUCCCCAUUCCUCUGAUCAACAGACUGGAGAAACACUUCCUCAACAUCUCCACCAUGUUGUCUCCAGUCCAAGUCAGCCUGGCACAGAAGUUAGAGAAGUGGGCAGAACAGUUCGUCAAGAUAGCAGUACCAAUGUUUAGGAAUCCAAGAGACAAGGCAGCUGAAUACAAGAUAGGAGAUGUCUUUAUGGGAUUUCAUGCAGAUACUUGUGCUUCAAUAAUCCUCCAUGUCUGUCAGAAAUACAGGGAAGAUGAUUUAGAAGGCUUGGAACAAGAGUUGAUGCAAGCUGCUAAAGAAGUCUUGCUGUGGUGUGCCACUCCAGAUGGUGUAUUGAGGGCCAAAAAUAAACUUCCUCAACGGGAAUUUGAAUUUGUAGAGAAUGUUUACUAUGAAAAACAGAAGCAUGAUAAUUUACUAUAUUAUCUUGACCAGAAGAUCAGAAUGGAUGGUAGUGAUGGACUGUAUGCUCAGGUGACCACCAACUCCAAGCUGAUCACCACAGUAGAUGUAGCAGAGCUGUCCCAGUACCUCCACAUUCCUUACACACAGAUUACACUACUCACUCUACAGUCAUUUGAUACAGAGCAGCAGUUCUGUAGACAAGUCAAACAAAGCUUUGAGAGAGACUUGUCUGCUGAGUCUCUGUUGAUUGUACAGUGUGACAGUGGAAAUGAAAAUGCUAGCCUUGUGGCCUGUGCCCAGUAUUCUGUGUUAGAUCAGCUUCAACAGCUGGAAGAUGAGAAGACAGGGAAGACACACAUUGUCUUCAUCAUCCAUCUCCCCAGGGUGGCAGGUGGAGGAUUCACAGGAUUCCAG